AUGCUGUCCGGCCCGCCGCGUCUGAUUCCCUUUGUGUUUGUGUUCCUGUGUCUUUGCUUUGUCUGGUGGUACCUCCAUCUGCCAGGUGCAAGUGCAGGCCAUGCGAUAUCAGGAUGGGUCCCGAACCCCAAGCCGAAGACUGUCGCAACCCCCGCCUACAAGGGCGACCCGCUCGACUUUAGCAUACUGCCCAAGUUCAGCGAUGGCGCCCUGAAGCCGCCUGGCUCCAACUACACGGUCAAGAUUGUGGUGCCCAAGACCAAGGACGAGGACCUUGGCUGGAUGGAGGAGGAGAUACCGGAUGUGCCGCUGGUCAUCUACGAAGUCGACAACCCCAAUGCGGAACACAAGAUCCCGAAGAACAAGGGUCGCGAGGCCAUGGUGAGUGCGGUGGAAGCCGAGACAUUUGGUCGUGUGUACCUCAGCUACAUCAUCGACCACUACGACGACCUGCCCGACACAACCCUCUUCAUGCACGCCCACCGCUACGCAUGGCACAACAACAUGCUCAUGGGCCAAGAUGCCGCCACCAUGAUCAAGCGCCUCAACCACGAGCGCGUCGCGCGCCUCGGCUACAUGAAUGUGCGCUGCCACCACGAUCCCGGCUGCCCCGACUGGAUCCACCUGGACCGCCCCGGCAUCGACUUUGACUUCUACCACAAGCCCGAGGAAAUCUACUGGCGGCGUGAAAUCUGGGAAGAGAUCCACCCGGGCGCGCCUAUCCCGCCCUCAAUAUCCGGCACCUGCUGCGCGCAGUUCGCCGUCUCGCGCCAACGGAUCCGCGAGGUGCCCAUUGAGCGCUUCAAGCACUACCGCAAGUGGCUGCUCACAACCGGCAUGGACGACCAGUUCUCCGGCCGCGUCUUCGAGUACAUCUGGCACUACAUCUUCACCGGCCACGAGGUCCUCUGUCCCGCCAUGAACACGUGCUACUGCGAUGGCUACGGCUACUGCUUCGGCGGGCAGAAGAAAUUCGCCGAGUACUUCGAGAUGCAAGACAAGCGUAACGCGCUGGCUGCCAAACUUGAACCAUGGAAGCAGAAGGAAGAGGAAGCCAAAAUGGCGGGUAAAUCUCCAGAGUACACCCAGGAGGAGCGGAAUGAGUUUACCGAAAUAAACUACCAAGUCGUGAAAUUGGACAGGCAGCUGGAUGAGCUGAGAGAAGAGGCGAAGAAGAGGGGCGAUGAUCCGGCAAAGAGGAAAGAGGAGACGGAGAGCUAUGACUCGUCGCAUAUAUGGGAUUAUGCGCCGAAACACGAUUAA